AUGCCACAAUAUAUGCUAGAAAGAUUACGACCAUCGCAAAAAGAUUCAGAAUUACCUCAUCUUUACUACAAUCCGAAGGAUCAUAAAAUCGGAGAACCGUUACGGUCUAUAUUUUUUAUCGUGUCUCUCGUUCUUGUGGAUCUACUUUGGCUUCAUUUAUUUGGAUGUGAUCAUUAUUCAGACGAUGACGAAGAAAAUCAUUUGACUGCUUUUCUUCCAGAUCCACAUCCAAUCGAUGUACGCAAGAGUUAUUCCUGUUUUGACAUUGAAGAUCUUCUACUAAUCACCAAACUGCCUAAGGUACUAUCAUGGAUCGAAUUAGACAAUCGGUCGAAUAAAUAUAUAUCUUCUCCAAAUCCUAUUCAUCUAAUUACUCAAUGGUAUCAUGAACAGAACCAUCGACGGCGUCGUGAACUUCUAACCGUUUUACAAAUGAAUUUGUUGAAUGAUGCUGUUACUUCUAUUCAUUUUAUACAGUAUUCAAAGAAUUGCACUGUUUAUGAUGAUAUUAUGUUAGAUCCGAAUUUUCGUGUUGAUCUUCUGAAACUUAAGCUAAUUAUCUCCUAUCAAACAGAAGUCAAUGAGACAGAAAGAUUAACUGUUAGUAAGGCAUUGAAGUAUGCCAAUGGAGUAAUAUCCCGUGGCUAUGCAGUUGUGCUCAAUCUGGAUANCGCAUUUGUUAUACUCGUUGAUACCACGUGA